CCGAGAUCUUAUUUGCCAAGUCUACCUUUCCCAAGUGCUGGCACCUCUCUUGACUUUGACUUUUUCCACCUGCUGCGAGGCUGCUUCAAAUACCAAACCUCUCCCACCCCAGGCCGACCCAUCCGCGUGUAAUUUUUAUGUUCGUCUAGACACGCUCCAGCCGGCCAUUUGCUCUAGGCAUGAGGCCUGUCAACACCACCAGCAGUUUAUCUCCGCCACCCACCUCGUCUACAGGUAUUCCUGCCAGCAGUGCUGGUGCUGCAUCCAUACCCAUAUCACGCGCCAAUAACCCAGCAUGGGACAAACCAGAGAGAGCACGCACCAGCCACGCCUGUGAACCGUGUCGUGAGCGCAAGACAAAAUGCGAUGGUUCUCGUCCAGCCUGUCGCCGAUGUCUUCACACCGGCACGACCUGUUAUUACGGCUACGGGAAAGGUUGGAGGAAGCGCAAAACCGCAGAAGAUCUCACGGCUACCAGCCGCCGUUUGGCACGGUACGAGAGCCUUCUAAGUGAAAUCAUGCCCAUGGUUUCUCCCGAGGUUCGAAUUUUGAUCGAAGAGGCACGCGACAACGAUACUUCUAAUGGAUCAGAAACGAACGAGACAGAGUACACGCUCGGUCCACCACGACUCGAAUCAAGUAUGUCUGGAGGUCCAGGAGGCCGCAUCAUUCUGCCUCUCCCCGUGCCCAGCCCCCAUGUUCCUGGUGUCUCACGGUCAUCGACCUCCUCGAGUACCUUUGAACCAGUUGGUCCACCGCCGCCUACGCUCUCCACAGCAAGUUCGCAGACUUCUCAACGUCUGUCGCCGGAUGCGGUUCAGUUGACUCGAUUGCCAUCCAUUACUGCUGAUGGCAUCUUGAUUGAAGAGGAACGAACAGACCUUUCACCACCAAAGGCACUAGGCGCUAUUGAUGUCGGCGUGAUGCCUGGGUUAGAACGUCUAGCACCUCUACCUACUUCUCCAAGUCAAUCGUCCCACGGAGGUUGGUCAAACGAGCCACACACGGAGCAUUUUCCAGCUGACAGUCGGAGAAGAGACCACGAUGCUGCACCAGUUCUCCCCUGGUUGAAGACCUACGAAGCUACACCUGUUCCCAACUGACCCCCAGGGCUUUCUCUCUUUGAUCGGACGUUGACUCCGCUACGACGUCGUUCAAUUGUGCAUCAGAAGCACAUUAUGAUUGAAAUAUUGAUGACGAUGUUUCACACCUCAGGACAGGCUUCGACCACUGCGGAUGUGUGAGUCGAGCCAUGAGAACAAGGCCUCGAUCAUUGCCGAUUCACUGCACCACAUCGCACCGUAUUGGAGAUGAUCAUCGCACUGCAAGCGAGAUACGGAUAUUUGUCACGGCUGAUUUUCUCCGAGGCAGCGUCCACAGCGUCUUCUGGAGAAUGGGAUGCAGCAAUGCCAUGAUCACAACACCGAUUCUGCUUCUGUCGACGGAUGGGAUUUUGCCCGUACCCCUGUCGGUAAUGAUCUCGAUCAACAGUCGAGACACUGUCUGGGAUUCUCCUGCGCACCGCCCAAAAGAGCGGGCAGAAAUCGGAGGCUAGAAAAAUGCAAGAGGUUCAGUGGUUGUUUUGCUGCAUUUGUGGGCAUUUGGGCCUAGGCUUACACCAACUGUCCGUGGUCUGUCAUCGGAACAGCAGCGCCGCCGCUACUCCGCCUCGGCCAUUUUGGGCCCUGCGAUUGGCUCGAUCGGCUCGAAUUACUCUUGCACUGCCCGUCGGAGAAAUCGGAUUCUUAUUCCGCCUUCAACCUAGCACUGACUGGCACUCCACGUCAUCCUUGCACCUGAGCAUUUCACGAUCGAUCGUUCGGGCGGGUGAAAAGGGUGUCGAGACUCGACAGACGGAAAAGGCCUUGGACCAGCAUUAUUAUUUUCUACCGCUUGGACGGGGAUUGAAUAUCCAACCAUGUGCCAGUGACUGUGCAGAUCGUGCAGGCGGCAUAUAGACUGACCUUUCCGGGAUCAACGAUGACAGUAUUUGGGCUUCUGCAGGGCCCGGUACUCCUGCCUACGCCGGGGGUCCAAGGCAGCAGAAGGAAAUAUGAAACAUGAUCGUCGAUCUUGCGGACACUUUACAUUACACUAAAAACUUGGUCUGGGAUUUGUUCCCCGUUGAAGUUUUCCCCAAAUUUUCCUACGAGCAAAUCUUAUGGACCAGUCUUGCUGUCUCAUUCGCUAAUACUCGUCAGAGUGGUUAUGGGCAGUACUCCGAGUACUAGUACGAGGAUAAAGUCCACUUAAUACACAUGCCACUGAGCUUGGUCGCGACGAUCUUAUUGAAAAGCGUACCUAGUUAAAGCAUAUAGGACAGAUAUUUAGAGAACUACGGGUUGAUAUUUCCGUCGUAAUAGAAGGACAUCGCCUUCCUGAUCGGGUCGUGGAGGGGGCCUGGGAGAGGGAGGAAGCCUGCAGCUCGUUUGGAUAAUCCCCAGUCAAUGAGAGGGCCAGAAAAGACUUAUAUCCAUGUAGAAGACUUGGGUCUAGAAUUGCGGAAAUGGGUCUCUCCAGUCUUGAGUCGGCGAAAAAGGCUCGUUGCGAACGAACGAACGAACGAACGAACGAUAGUAAACUGAGUGGUCUGAUCUCGUGCUCACUGCUCGUAGAGGCACACAUCCAGUUCAUAUCAUAUCAUACGAGUACCAUACCAUAUCAUAUCUGAUUGUCGUAUUAAGAGUACUACGUACACUCACCAGCCGGGGAAUCGAGAUCGAGAUCAAGAUCGAGGUUGGGGUCGGGAUUGGGUGUACUAUAUAUUGAUGAUGACGCUUUUAUGGUUGCGGUUGCGGGUAGGGCUAUGGUUACUAUCUGGUGUCUUGUAAUUGUGAUAGUGAUGC